AAACUACAAUUCCCAGAAGCAAAAUGCGGGCUGUUGACGGGUUAGCGGUUGACGGUUUAGGAGCCGAGAUUGGAGGGAGUUAAACUCUUAAGGCUCUGUGAAGUAUUGUUAGCAUGUGGAAGGUUCACUUUGAAUGCUGUCCAUAAGCACCUGCUGCAAAGAAGACUGAAGCAUGCUUUCCCACCACUAAGAGGAGUAGAAUCUGUGAAAUAUACAGGCAUUUUAUGUGAAGAACUGGAUCUUUUUAAGUAUUGUGUCUUGGUUUCUGUAUCGAAGAGCAAUUCCUGUGAAAGAAGAGAGAAAUGGUUUAAGAAAAUCCUUGGUACUGUAUGAAACUUAACCUACAGUGUGUAUCUUGAUGUAUUUGGUUCAAGCAUUACAGAAGGAUUAGAUGGAGAUGGAAAUGAAGGCUUAAUAGCAAUGAGUUCCUCAAUCAAAAACUGUCCCUUUGUGCAGGAAAAAUGUCAGUUCAAAGCUGGUUUACUACUUUCUGAAACAAUUCUCUCAAGAAUUGCGCACUAUUUUGGAAAUCCCUUUUGUGAUCUAUACUCAUCGUUUUAACAAAAAGAAAAAAAAUCUAGGUAGUCCUUUUUUUUUACGUCUUCUGUAAUUUCCUGCAUUUCUCUCUUGAAACAAGUCGACUCAGAUGACAAUACCCCCACUUGCUUGUGUUUCUAGUGACACAAGCAUUAUUAUAAGUAUGCUUGAUUUCAAUGCCAUGCAGAUCCCUGUGUUAGCAGCUGUAGCUGCUGCCUUACUCCAUCACCUACUUGGCAGGCACUGAAAAACCAAUCAAGCAGCCAGUUUGAGGAUGGAAGAGACCUUUGGAAAUGCCGUUGAAGAGGAAUACAAUUUUAAAUUGAUUCAAGAAGUGGAGGGCCUGAAUGGUGGAAUAUCUGAAUGUCUCUGUGUAGAAGAGGUGGCCAUUGAAACAAAGGAACUUAAGGAUAUCAAUGGGUUGGCAUUAAAGUCUCACAGGCAAGAAGAUGAAGCCAGUGGAAAACCAGCACACAAAUUGGCCCCUAUUUCAGCUCUUAAGCAGAAUGGCAUAUUGCAGUCUCUCACUGCAGGAAAAAAAGAAGAGGCUGAUGCAGAGCUAAAUCAUGAAGUGCAGCAGGCAGAGGACGAAUGGGCUGCCUUAGAGGCUGUACAACCAGUUAUUUCAGAUCACUCCGGUAGCUGCUCCUCUCUGAUCUCAUUCAAUGAGGCACUGCAACACUUCCAAACUACAGACCUAUCUGAUAUAAAGGGGAAUAUCCAGCCUACCUUGAGAAGGCGAGGCCUGGCAGCUGUGGCACACUUCCUGUUUGGACCACCACGCCUGCAUCGUGAACUUCAAGAAGAAAGAGAUCUGGUGUUCACCAUUGCACAGUGCUCUCUGGACAACAAUCAAAAAAUUCAUAUCAGAGUACUGCAAACAAUCUAUAAAAAGCUGACAGGAGCCAGGUUUGACUGUCCCCGGUAUGGAACACAUUGGGAGCAAUUGGGUUUUCAAGGUACGGACCCAGGAACAGAUCUGCGUGGGACAGGUUUCCUUGGACUCAUGAACACACUUUACUUAGUGAUGGACCCCCAGAUGCUACCUCUUGCUCGAGAAAUAUAUAAACUUUCCCAGCACCCCGUGCAGAAUUUCCCAUUCUGUGUUAUGUCCAUUAAUGUCACUCGAAUUGCCAUACAUGCUCUCAGAGAAGAGGUCCUUACUAAGGAAUGCAAUAAAAGACAGCAGGUGGUGGGGGUGUUAAAUGACUUUUAUGUGGCCACAUUUCUGCAACUGUACCAAAUCUGGAAAGCUCAACACAAAACCAUCUCAGAUUCAGGCAUUGUGUUGAAAGAGGUAGAAUCAGUUGCCAAGAAGAAUCCAAAACAGCUGCUGCGACGACUUGAGAGCUAUCUAAGUGAGCAGAAAUCUGGAGCAUCGGCCCUGGAAGUGACAUCUCCAAGUCCCUCUCCAAACUUAAGAGUCAGUGAUCCUUGGCUGAGUUCAUCUUCUAGUAGCAAAGAUUUAAAAUUUAUUGGUGUCUGUGAGCUACCCCCUGAGAUGGAAGGUGAGGCAAGACUCAUCUGAUCUCGCUUCACCUCUUGACAUUUUGGAUUUCAGGGACAAACUUUUUGUUGUAAACAUUUCAUUGCAAAGGCAUGGCAGUUACUAGUAACAGAAACCUCUCCAAUCCGUCAUUCUGAUUAUUUUGUUACCAAUUUUAGUCCAAGACCACAAAGCUUUGUCUUUAGCUCAGUCAAACCAGCAUUAAUGUAUGCUUGUGAUGAUCAGCUAUUUAUGUUUUAAUAGUAUCUUGUCUACAAACCACCAGAGGUUCUGUUUUACCUGCAGAAUAUAAUAUUUAUAAUAAUAUAAAAUAUUAGCUUUUUUCUUUUUUUACAUUGUUAUACCAAUCAUUCUAGCCAAAGCUGUUGAGAUCAUAUUAAUGUAAAUAUUAAUAUUCUGUGAGAAAACUAAAUAUGCUUAAGAGAUACUUUGUUAUGAAUCAGGAAUCUCCUUAAUUUUAGUCACGUGAAGGAAAAACGUCUUGAAUGCAAACGCACUUUUGUUUUAUCAGCCUAAGGAAUGUUUUUUAAUAGUCCUAUGUUAGAACCACAAACACUUUAUGAAAGUGUUAUUUGCUUUUUCCAGCUUGGAUAUCUUUAAUAAAUGCGCUAUGUAUUUGUGUAAUAAGAUGUUUGUUCUCAGUACUUUUAGAUGAAGAAACAAAUGUAAGUUUUAUAUUUCAAUUUUUGUUGUUGAGUUGCAUGAUCACUGUGAUGGAGACAAUGUAGUUUUUUUCUAGCUUGCUAACCCUUUAGUUAUAGGGCCGCACAGUGAGUUGUGCAAAAUUAGUAAACUGUGAAACUAACUCAAAAUUAAGCAGUGGGAUAACUCUUAAUUUAUAAAAUAAAAAAUUGGUAAAGCUUAAAUUUGAAGCUGCAGAUGGUAAAUUAUUACUCCAGUAAGGGAAAAUGCACAAAGAUAAUAAGUCACCUGUACUGGUUUGUAUUUAGAACUGGUUUUAUAAAGCAUGGCAUUGACUCUUAUAUUGUCGAGUCUUUGUUUUUCAAAAGGACAUACUGUAGUCUUCAGUGAAGAGGAAGAGGAAAACUGCCUUUAAAUAUAUUGAGUUGUCACUAAAUGAAUGAACAUAUACACAUCUCCGUACAUAAAGUCACCCAUGUAAUAAAUAUAUCGAGGAUUACUCAGGGCUUACUCUUGUACAGUGAAUCAGACAACCAGAGCAAAACACAGUAAGAUCAAGGAGAAGUAAAAUGCUGACAUCAUGCCUUUUUUCAGCCAAGUGUGAGAGACUUUUCGCUACAGUGUAGAAGAAAAGGUCUUUAUGUGUCUGUUCAGUUUUUUAUUUUCCAAUUUCCAAUAUUAUUUAAUUUCUUAAUUGUGCAUAUCUCAAUUCUACUCGGCUUGCCUUUUAAUAAUAAAAAAAAAAAUCAGGAAUAAAAAUUAAUGACAAUCACAUAAGCCAAAUUUUAAACACAAGGUAGCAAAACAACAAUACAAACUAAAAUAGUGAACACCACAAUGGUCAAAAAGUGACAUACUUUUUGAAGAAACCCAUAGAGAAUUAAAUGUAGUGUAGUGAACGCCUUAAUGCAAAAUUCACUAUCUGUUGGGGAAAACCGUCAACCUUUAGAUUUAGUAACUUACAGCACCUUCAUUGGAACAGUUCCUAAAUCAAACAUUACCUGUAGCUGUACAUUCCUACAAAUUCCUUGAAGCUACUCCGGUUUAUAGAACAAACUGCUUUACCUCAUUGAAAUGUUUAGGUUGCCUCCCAUAAAGUGUUUACUUCAUGUCAAGGUACAGGACGUCAGCUAGGUUAAGGUCAGAAUUUAAACUUUAAAACAUAAACUUUAUGCUUCAGCUGGUUAGUAUCAUUUUCUUGCUACGCGGCCAACAUUUUUUAAAGUUCAGUUCAUAAAUAUUCAUGUAUACAAGCUGUUGAUGCAAUACAAAAGUUAUCAUUCCCUUAGUGACAGAAAGGAUGUUCUGAAUCUUGAAGCUACAAGGUAGUCUACAAAUCAGUGUACUCCCAACUUCUGACCUUCAUAGUUUGGAUGAGAUGCUUUCAUUGGGAUAUAUUUUUAUUAUACAAAAAGUAAUGUUUCUGAUUGAUGCCACAAAUCCUUCUAAUGGUCAUCUGUUUCAUCUAGGUGCUAACCACUGUGCUACCCCUCAAGAAUAGAACUAAUUCAAGGCAUUUUUCACUAAUGUAACAUACUUUAGAGUGGAAUGAUGAUGAGAAUUUAGUCGAGAUCCGAGUAUUAAUAAUAAUUGUAUAAAUUAAUAAAUCCCCUUUGAAUGACCUAUCCAGGAGUACUUACUGCCUUGCUCUUUUUGCUGCUAGGGUAGGCUUGACCUCUUUGUGUUGCUGGCGAUGAAAAAGUGGAUUUAAAACUUACAUCUAAGAAGUUAAAAAGGUACUAGCUAAAGUUGCACACUUGACAAAAAUACUUAAGAAUUUGUGUCACAGAUGUAUCUUAAUGACAAUAAUGUACAAUAAUGCAGAAUAUCACUGAAGAAAAAGAAAUAAUAAUAAGUUUGAGAGAGAACCAGAAUGCUGCUCUUAUGGACUGCCUGUAUGAUCUUGAAGACGGAUGUCCCAUUUCUACAGGCUGUGCUGACUGAGCCAUGUGCCAAUGUCCGCCUAUUACACCUUCUUGAUUUAAUUCUAACCGAACGUUCAGUGCUAUCAAAUAUUUAUUAUUGUUGACUGUAUUUUUUUUUCCUGUAUCUAACUUAUGUAACAUUGUGUACAAAAACACUCCAGUAUGGGUAAAACCUAACGCACUACUUCUAUGUGGGCUAUUACAGUACUUUUGUAUGAAGUACAGGCUCCCACUUAUGUCACAUUAAACAGCUAUCUAGCAAUACUUAAAAUGCUUUGAAAAUGGUAACCAGAAUAUGAAUCCAUUCACAGCCUUCCCUUCUUUGUUUUUUGCAUCCUAUAAAGCAGUGUCUCUCUCGCUUUUUAACCCUUUUGCUGUGCUGAAAUUCCUUUUAAUAAAUAUAAACUGUCAUCACAAACAUUUCCUUAGGGUGGUCAGCCUGUUGCGCUCUUGACUGCCAAACAGCACAGCUAGAAAAACCAAACCCCUAUGUCAAUGAAAGGUAUAGUUAAAACUUUUAUAUAUCAAGUUCACAUUUUUAAAUGACAUUAAAGUGUGCAAAAUGGUAGUUCUUUCUUAGAGAAUUCUAGUGUCAUGGUAGCUUAGGUACUAUAGAAAUCAAGCAUCCUGGUCACCUGCUGCUGAAGACCAAAUUUCUUUGUAAAAAGAACAGAUUGCUGAACAGCAGAUAGAGGUUUUGUCUUGGCUGCACCUCCACAGGGGGCUUCUUUUUAAGAGUGAGCAGUUAGGGGUCCAAAUGUAAAAUUAGCCGCUGCUGGUUUCAGAGAAUUACUUUAAACUUUGCUUAUAAAGACCCUUGAAUUGUGUUCAGUGGGUUUAUUGUAGUGUCUGUUAGUACAAAUUAGCUAGGAAUCAAUCCUCCAGCAUUUACCUUCAGGGCAUGCAUUGUUGUUGUUUUUUUUUUUUUUUUUUCCUUCUUCUUCUUUUCAUUGUUCUUCAAACGUAAGAAAAUAUUUUUUUUCCUCUAUCCAGAUUCCUUUUUUUGUAAAUAAUUAGCUCUAUGCUUUAAUGAGUGGCUAAUGCAAUCCCCAAGUUGAUGGAAGUUCUCUAAUUUGUGACCUGGACUGGUGAAUAUCUCAUUGAUAGCUUCACUGAUCUGUGUACCACUUUCAACAAAUAAUGUUAAAAUAAAUUUUUUUUAUUCAAAUA